AUUUAAAUAUGGAUAUUGACGAAUUGGAAUUGCUACAAGAAGAACGAGAAGAACAACCAAUCCGAUAUCUUCCAAAAGUUUUGAAUGGAGGAAUUUCGGGAAUUGUUGGAGUUUCGUGUGUCUUUCCAAUGGAUUUAGUCAAGACACGGCUUCAGAAUCAAAAAGGGACUUCGAAGUAUACGGGUAUUGCCGAUUGUUUCAAAAAAUCGUGGCAAGCUGGGGCCCCAGGACGGCUGAAUCAGAUAAAGGGAAUGUACCAGGGCGCCUCUGUGAACAUUUUCUUGAUCACUCCAGAGAAGGCCAUCAAGCUUGUUGCAAACGAUUUUUUUCGUCACGCAUUGAUGAAGGAUCACGAUGAAAGAUUGUCGACGCCACGUGGGAUGAUCGCUGGAGCAUCAGCUGGAUUUUGUCAAGUCGUAAUCACCACACCAAUGGAGCUAUUGAAAAUUCGAAUGCAGCAGUCUUCUGAUAAAGUAAAAGCUACCAAGCUGAUCUGGAAUCUGUUGACAAAGGAUGGUGGUGUUCGUGCAUUGUAUAAAGGCCUUGGACCGACAAUGGCACGAGAUGUUUCGUUUUCAGCAAUGUAUUUCCCGCUUUUCGCCUAUUUGGAUGGCCUCGGUCCACGAAAGAAAGACGAUUCAGGCGACGCAGUAUUCUGGGCAAGCUUUGUAUCAGGAUUAACUGCUGGAGCAACUGCAUCAUUAUCAGUGACUCCAUUGGACGUUGUGAAAACAAGAAUUCAAACUGGAGGAUCCAACUACAACGGAAUUUUCCACGCGUUUUAUCGUAUUCUCGCUGAUGAAGGUGUAAAAGCUCUUUUUAAAGGAGCAAUUUGCAGAAUGAUGGUAAUGGCACCACUUUUCGGAAUCGCUCAGACUGUCUACUAUGUUGGAUCGGCCGAAAAGAUUCUCGGCUUGGAAAAAGGAUCAAGAGUAUAAAUUUCCCCCCAAUUCCCAAAUUUUCACAAUUAAUUAGGGCUCAUUUCUGGCCAGUCAUUUGCAAUGUUUAACGUUUGCGUCGGUUUCGCCUAGAGCAUUUAUU